GGACGUUCUAGCGCGGGGGGUAUAAAUCAAUCAACCUAUCAUCCACCCCCACCCUUCAUACUAGUACGCCGAGAAGGCAGAAACAGCACCGAUAUAAGGACUGAAAAGUGCAGUUGCGAAAGCAUCCACUAAAGAAGUAAGAAUUUCUAGAUUGCGCCCGGGUAGAUCACUUCUGUUUUGGAUGCUGGAAUUGACGAACUCAGCCUCGUGUGGUUCCUCAAGCCUACAAAGGCUUCACCAUCAGUCACCUGGUCUUGUGGUACACUCCAUCGCAGGUUCUUUGGGAGUGUCGCGCGUUCAAAGCAUCGGAAGGCUGGCCAACGAGGGAUAUCUCCAGUGAACUUUCUGAGGGCCACUCCGGACAUAACCUCCGAAUCCUCGACCGCAUCCAGGUACUAGAUACUCAUGAGGUCUACGCCUCGUGGUUAAACACCGUUCGGGAUUACACCUCUCGCAGUCUGACCAAAUACGAGGACACGUUCCCCGCCCUCAGUGGCCUCGCUCACAUCGUGCAUGGAUAUGUCCACUGCGACUAUGUGGCGGGCAUGUGGGCUGCUGACCUGCGGAGGAGCAUCGCAUGGGCACCCGGCAGACACAUGAAUGACACCCGCUUCUCAACCUCGCGACAUACCACGUACGUUGCUCCUACUUGGUCCUGGGCGUCGAUGAUGGGAACGAUCAAUUUUUACAAGGCCAAGGCGUCAUCUCGCGAUGUAUCCGACGAGACUGCUACCGUUAUUGGCGGCUGGAGGAUCACGCAUUUGACUCGAGAUCCCUUCGGCCAGAUCGCAACGGCAGAAUUGCAUAUGACUGCCCAAAUCCUGACAGGCGAUUCUUGACUACCACUCGGCUGCCUCGUAUUAUUACCUUCGCGGUCCCCACGACACGGUGAAUAAGUGGUAUGGACAGAUGGAAUUUGGUGUCGAGGCCGAGAGCCAAUCAUUGCAAGUGGUGUGGUGUAACCCUCUUUUCACCAGUGAUCCUAGGGGCGGUAUCGGUCUAGCCCCUAGUCCCCGUCCAGGGCCAGGAACACACGUACCGACGGGUAGGUCAUAUCUGGGAGCUGGAAAUGUCUCAUUUUCAAACGCUGGAGAGACAGAAAUUCCCGAAAGGAUAAAGAGAGCAAAGGUGCUAUAUUCAUACUAGAACCGACAUUCAGUUCGGCUGAAGUACCGAAGCUCCGGUAUCCUUAUACUCUCAUCCCACCACCAUCAUAUUACUUUCAAUUUCAUAUAUCUAUAGCGGACAGAGACCCCGAGGUAUAGUCUG